AUGGGACUCGAGGAGGUGGACGCGCGCGAGUUGCGGCGGCAGACGGUGACUCGGUUCUCGGAGGAUCUUCGAUCUGUGUGUUUUGCGGCGGCAGACGACGAUCAUGUCGUUCAGGAGGUCAAGUUGUUGGCAAAGAAGGAGGAUCUGCUCUUGGAAUGGUUUUGCGACGGUGAGGAAGAUGAGAUUGAAUCACACAAAAGGGUGUUGGUGAGAAGGUUGAUCUCUGGUUCUUCAGAGAGGAGAGAAGAUGAGGUUGAAGUUGGCGAGGAAGAGGAGAAGUUUGCAGUAACUCUGGCAAAUCCUUGGUGGACAGGUCAGGGAGGGUUAUCUGGGGUUGACCCAGGAACCCAUUCGCCUGGCCUAAGCAAACGCCACACAGACCUUGCAAUCAAUGAAACCAGUGGUGGCCAUAAUAUAGAAGAAGAUGAAGACAAUAGAGAUGAACCGAGAGAAGGUGCAGUUGAGGUUGGAACUCGCAGACCGAGAGGAAGACCUCCCGGAUCCAAAAACAAGCCAAAACCACCAAUUUUCGUAACAAGGGACAGCCCAAACGCCCUGAGGAGUCAUGUGAUGGAGAUAACUGGAGGGGCUGAUGUUGCCGAAAGUGUGGCCCAAUUCGCAAGAAGGCGUCAGCGUGGGGUUUGUGUACUCAGUGGGAGUGGCUCCGUGGCCAAUGUCACUCUUAGACAACCUGCUGCUCCUGGAGCUGUGGUGGCACUUCAUGGGAGGUUUGAGAUUUUGUCCCUCACUGGGACUUUUUUACCUGGUCCUGCUCCUCCAGGAUCCACAGGACUCACAGUGUAUCUUGCUGGAGGCCAGGGCCAAGUACUAGGAGGGAGUGUUGUUGGGCCUCUAGUUGCCACAGGACCAGUGAUGGUGAUUGCUGCAACUUUUUCUAAUGCAACAUAUGAGAGACUUCCACUUGAUGAAGAUGAAGAAGGGCCUAGUUCCGCCGCCGCGGUACAAGGAGGAGGAUCGCCACCGCCACUUGGAAUUGGAAGCGGUGGGGGUGGGCAAUUGCAGGGUGGGAUUCCAGAUCCAUCAUCUUUGCCUUUGUAUAAUCUUCCACCGAAUGGAGGAGGGGGGCAAGUGGGGCAUGAAGCCCUUGCUUGGGCUCAUGGACGGACACCUUUCUGAAUUGCAAAACGCGGUAGAAGAAGGCAUGGAUGGAGUCAUCUAAUAAUCAAAUUUAACCUGCUUAUUGUAUUCAUCUUGUGCUGUAUUUUGAAGGCUAGGAAUCGGAAGAGUUUGCAAGGUUAGACUACUAAUUAUAUAUAUAUAGUUGUGAAGAACAGUGAGAGAAGAAGCUAGCCAGCUACCAAGCAAGCAUGCUUAUUUUAUGAUGUACAUGGAUUAUGAACCAUCUUUUUUCUCUUUUGCUUCUGUGUUUUGAAUAAAAAAGAUGAUCAUGGGCGUCUUUUAAAAUAUUUAUGAAUAAUUUACUAGUUUUUUCUC